GUGGCGGCUCGAGUGAUUCGUAGAGGGGGGGGGGACGAAAAUCUCGAGGUGGGGAUAGCAAAAGGCGCGAUGAGACUACAGGCUCAGUUGCCGUGCGACUGUCGAGGGACGCACUGGUGGUGUCGACGGACGCGUGACGUUUCUCAGUUUCUAGCCUCGCGCCAGUCCGAUCUACGGAGUUUUCCCUCGUCGAAGAGAAAACGAAACUCGGCCGAUCUCGUUUCAUAACUGUCGGACGGCGAGUCCGCGGCGCGAAAGGGAAAAAUAAAGGAGGGAAAAAAAUAGUUUCGCGUUUCGACGGAGAAACGAGGAUCCAUCUCGGGCGAGGGACGAAGAGGAAGAGGAGGUGAAGGAAAAGGAGGAGGAGGAGGAGGAGAAAUCCCGAUUUAAAUCUCCGACCGCAGGAAGCCAUUAAUACCGUCAGGUGCACGCGGUCCACGCAAACACGUAUACGGCGUAUCGCAUAAACGACACACACACACGGACACACAUCCACCGCCCCGUGCGGGAAUGGAGUCUCACCCCCGUGCGCGCAGUUGAGCGAUGAUCGCGCGUGAAUCGGCCGCGAGGAGCAGCGCGUCGCCGUGUCUUUCGCCUGAUGCAUCGUCGGGCCGCAGCGUUAACGCUGGCGUAAGGCCGCCGGUCGUGUCACCCGCGUGUACCCGCUCGCGGACGACAGACAGUUCCGGACGGUAGCGACCGACGACCCGACGAGCGGAAAGGAAAAGCGGAGGACUCGACGUGUGUGAAGAAAUGGUGCGGCGUGCGCGCUCGUGUUCGCUCCCGCCGUCGCCGUCGCCGUCGCCGUCGCCGUCGCCGUCGCCGGUGCGACAUUCUCGCAGUGUACGACGUCAUUCGUAUGUGUGUGCGUGUGGUGUCAUUGGCCUGUGAGGAGGAGGAAAUGGUGCAGUAAGUCGCGUGAUAAAGGAAAACAAAAAAAAAAUAAUAUAUAUAUAUAUAUAUAUCUACAUUCGUGAUACAUUAUUGACAAGGUGUGUUAGGUCAUCGUUACCAUUGGGAUUUGAUCUUAUUGUGCUGUUCAAAGUACGACGGGGAAUCUCGACGAACGUGCGAACGAACGACGACCGAGAGUCCGGGAUAAGUGCGCGCGAGGAAGAAAAACACAAGUGUGAAAUUACUAAACUACCUCCCCCCUCCCCCCGCGUGUGAAGUUACUCGGUAAACUCCGCCUCCUCUUCAGGUAGCCAUGGAUAGAAAGCCGAGGAUCAGCCACCGCACGCGGAUCGCGAUAAUGAACCUAUUGCUGCUCUGCACCGCACCUGUCAGAGCGCGCGUCGACGAGACGCAGAUGGACACGCAUGAGGGCUCGACGGUGCAGUUGCAGUGCCGAUUCCCGCCGCCACGGGAAAACGUCACUUGCUUCUGGCUGACCCAUACGAAUAACAAUCUCGACAACGCGGCAAUCGAGAACCGCUCGCUGUCGCCGAAUUACAAGGUAUACAUGAACCUGCAGGAGGGCCGUUACGAUCUGCAAAUUAGAAAUGUGUCCUACGAGCGCGACAAUGGCAAGUACGAGUGCAGGGUGAAGGUCAGCAGCACCGGCACUGAUCUUCACAGGAAAUACAUCACUCUGACGGUGCUGAGAGCGCCGGGUCCGCCGACGAUAACACCGACCUCCACACCAGCCACGGAGGGCCAAAGACUCGAGUUACAGUGUAAUACCUAUGGCGGCAGUCCCGAACCGGAAGUAAGAUGGUACCGCGGCAACAGUACCACGCUUCUGCAUACCGGCAGGACCUUGGUAGUGGAGCCUACGCGGGAGGACGACCGAGCGAUCUUUCGGUGUGUUGUGAGAAACCGAGCGAUGCGCCAGGGCGAGACUUUGGACGCCUCGGUGACACUCGAUGUCAACUACUUCCCGCGCGUGUCCGUCGGCCCGGAGAACCCGCUCAAGGUCGAGGUGAACGGCACCGCGACCCUCAAAUGCCACGUGGACUCGAAGCCGAGGGUCGGCAUGGUACGCUGGUGGCGAGACGGUAGCUUCAUCGCCACCAACUUCGAGCACGUGAUACCCAAGGUGACGCUGCAGGACGUCGGCAGGUAUACCUGUCAGGCGGACAACGGUCUCGGCAAGCAUGCCGAGGCCUCUCUGGCCUUAGACGUCCUCUAUCCGCCUACGGUAUCAAUUGAGGGAGACGUCGUUAGGGUGGCCGAUGUGGAGGACAGCGUGACCGUCCACUGCAACGUGUCCGCCAACCCGAUGCCGUCCGUGAUCGAGUGGCUGCGGGACGGCCGACCGGAGUUCAGGCAGCCAGGCUCGAUCCUGCGACUGACCCGUGUCACCGCGGAGCACGCCGGUAACUACACGUGUCGCGCGGUGAACACAAUUUAUCCCACCGGCGGUGAACGCAGGAACCAUUCGGCCUUCGCCAGCGUGACGAUCCGUGUACGGCACAAACCCGGCCCGGCCAGAGUGACCCCGGAUUCGCCGGUCGCCGUCGAGGGUUCACGGGUGAUACUCACGUGUAUGGCCAGUCCGGCCGGCUAUCCCGAGCCGCAAUACAAAUGGUGGAAAGAAGGCGAGGGUGGCACGAUUUUAAUGCCCGCACCGUCCGGCCCGAAAUACGAAAUCGAUUCGGUGCACCUCGGCAGCGAAGGCACCUACAAAUGCCACGCGAUCAACGAAAUCGGCAUCGGUGAAGCCGCGUCGGUAAAUCUUACCGUUCACCAGCCGCCAAAGAUACUUACCAAACUGCAGCCGCAUGUUACGAGGAAAGUCGGGGAGUCAUCAUUCCAAGUACACUGCGUAGCGCAGGGCAAACCGCAGCCUAGCGUGCGCUGGUUGAAGGACGAUCAAGAAUUAACGGGCGACGAGAGGCUCUACAAAGUAAUUACGACGACGUCGGAGGGCCACGGUAGCGUAAUAACCGUAAAUUCCUCGCUGAGCUUUUUGGGUCACGCUCGUCCGCAGACCGACGAAAUCGUGGCGGGCGAUCGCGGUAAAUACACCUGCGUCUUCAUGAACGAGGUGAAGAAAGUCGAGUCCACGAUGAUGCUCAAAGUAGAGCACGAACCCAUAAUCCUUCAUCAGCACGGCAAGGUGGCUUAUAAUCUUAUGGAGACCGCCGAGGUGGCCUGCAAGGUUCAGGCAUGGCCAAAGCCCGAAUUCCAAUGGAGUUUCGGUACCAACGCCGCGACUCUUCAAGGCUCCUCCAGCGACGGUCACUACGAAAUAACGACAACGAGCGAUAACUACGAUGCCUAUACAUCCGUCCUGAGAAUGACCAACAUCCGCGAGUCCGAUUAUGGCGAUUAUACCUGUCGCGCCGCUAAUGCUCAAGGUAGCGUCAUGUCCACCAUCAGGUUACAGCCGAAGGGAGCACCGGAGAAACCGACUAACAUCACCGCCAUGGAGAUUGGACCCACAUACGUCACUCUUUUGUGGCAGCUCGGUUUCGACGGUGGCCUAUCCAACAAAUAUUUUGUUUCAUACAGAAGAGUAGCCGGCGGUGACGAAAUAGUCGCGCCGGACUGUGCACCUCCUCGAGGACCAGCCGGUCAAUGGCUCGAACUCGACUGUCGGCGAUCGAACCCUUGUAACGUGACCAAUCUGGAACAGCAUCAAACCUAUACCUUCAAGGUGAAGGUUUACAAUACCAAGAAUCAUUCUGAUUAUUCUGACGAAGUAUCCGCUACCACGGCGGUGGCCAAGAUACCCACACCACUCAGAGUUAGCUUCGAUCCGGAAAGUAGCACGCUCGCUAUUAACGUGGGUGCCACGUGCUUGGCGUUGGUGGCGUUUAUCGAGAAGUUCGACGGAGGCUCGGAUAGUUCAUGGCGAAUAGUCGAUGAGUGGCCCCUCGAAGUUCUCGGAAGUGCGCCUACUCAAAGAGAAGGAAUAUUGGACGAUCCCGAAGCGGCCGAGUCGGAACCCCGACUAAGAGUUAGGCUGUGCCUCAAAGCCGACCGACAAAAAUGCGGCGAGUACGCGGAAGCUGAAAUCGGACCGUCUUACAUCGCACAAGCCGGCGCUCUUGGAACGCCAACUUUAAUCGCUCUGAUAGUAAGCGGCGCAGUUUUUCUACUCUUCGCGGCCUUGCUGCUAUUGUUUUGCCGAUGCCGACGGAAACACGCAACGAAGGCAAAAGAUUAUGAAAUGGACUCGAACGCCGUGCGGCCAAGCCUCGUGGCAGGUAACGGCCAACAAACUCAACCACCGCCACCGUAUUAUGCUGAGAAUAAAGCACUGGAGCAUAGUUUGGAUCAUGCCUUGGCAUUGGAAGACUCAAAAACGCCCGCUUAUUCGCAAUCCGGAUAUGGUUAUCAUCAACCUAAUCACAAUAUUAACGAUUCGCCUUACGACGUGUCGGGUCUGCCAUAUCAGGAGAAUUAUGACGAGGACACGAAACCGCCGCAACAGGUCAGUCUCUCGUACGAUGAGAGCCUCGAAUCCGGCUACUCCACGCCGAACAGGCGUAGAAUCAUCCGGGAGAUAAUCGUUUGA